GUUUCAAUGUAAUCCUGUAUUCACAGGCAGUCGGUCCGACAUGGCGACGAUGAAGAAGCCUCGCUUUGCAACAAGCCGCAUCUGAUUUGCCGAGCGUUGCGACUGAAAUUCGCGAGGGGGGAAAACUGUGUAACAACCCCGGGGAAAUUUACACGUGGAAGAUUUGCAGAUUUUUCAUUAAAGAGACGAGGCCGCCAGAGGGACAAUGGCGGAGCCGGAGCCGAGAUCGAGCGCCGGCCAGCGGCUGGGCGCUCAGGAGAGCUUUGGGAUCAGCACCCUGGACCCGGGACACAGGCUGCCUGCCAUGCCCCCGGGCCGACACGUCUCCGUCAGGGUCCACAUGCUGGACGACACCGAGGAGGUCUUUGACAUUUCGCAACGCGCCCCUGGUAAGGUGCUGCUGGACCUGGUGUGUGCUCACUUGAACCUCAUCGAGGGGGACUAUUUCGGCCUGGAGUACGACGACCACCGCAAGAUGAUCGUCUGGCUGGAUCUCCUGAAGCCAAUCAUGAAGCAGAUCAGAAGGCCCAAGCACACAGUCCUACGGUUCGUGGUGAAGUUCUUCCCGCCGGACCCAGCCCAGUUACUGGAGGAGCUGACCAGGUACCUCUUUGCCCUGCAGAUAAAGAAGGACCUGUUCUCCGGACAACUGACCUGUAACGACAGCAGCGCCGCCCUGCUGGUCUCCCACAUUGUGCAGUCUGAGAUAGGGGACUUUGACGAGGCCCAGAGCAGGCAGCACCUCCUCACCAACAAGUAUGUUCCUGACCAGGAGGCCCUGAUGGACAAGAUCACAGAAUUCCAUCGCAAGCACAUAGGGCAGACGCCGGCGGAGUCAGACUACCAGCUGCUGGAGAUCGCACGCAGGUUGGAGAUGUAUGGGGUGCGGCUCCACCCUGCCAAGGACAGGGAGGGCACCAAGCUGAGCCUGGCAGUGGCGCACACGGGCGUGCUCGUCUUUCAGGGCCACACAAAGAUCAACGCCUUCAACUGGUCCAAAGUGCGCAAACUGAGCUUCAAGAGGAAGCGCUUCCUAAUCAAACUGAGGCCGGACCUGAACCAGAGCACCUAUCAGGACACCCUGGAGUUCCUGAUGGGCAGCCGGGACUGCUGCAAGGUGUUCUGGAAGAUCUGUGUGGAGUACCACGCCUUCUUCCGCCUCUUCGAGGAGCCCAAGCCCAAGCCCAAGCCAGUCCUCUUCAGCCGGGGCUCCUCCUUCAGGUUCAGCGGACGGACGCAGAAGCAGGUGAUCGAUUACGUCAAGGACUCGGAAUUCAAAAAGAUUCCCUUUGAAAGGAAACACAGUAAGAUCCAGUUCAACAGCGGCCUGUCUCCACUGCCCUCCCAGCAGCGCUCUCAAGUGCCAAGAGAACAGAGUGCUAGCUGUGCUUCGGCAGACGAGCUGGACUCCCCGAGCAGGCCAGGCUGGAGGGAGACGGUGUCGGUCAGCGUGGAGGACCACUCGCCCUUGCGGAAACGUGGCAGCCCGUCCGCCCUGCUCAACGGGCGCGAGGAGAGGGCAGGGCCUUCUCCGGAGGAGGGGAGGGGCCAGCCGUCGCCGUCCCGGCAGCAGGCGGAGCAUCUGAGCGCAGGAUUGGUGACCAGCAGCCCGCGGCUCUCUGACUCCUCCGGUCACUCUCAGGUCACAGUGAACGGUCAGAAGCAAGGCGUAGCCCCCGGCCAGAGCCCGGACGGCCGCCAGCCCUCCCCGCUCACCAGCCCGCUGCUGAACGACGCCGGCUGCGUCCGGACCGACGAUGAGGACGAGGUUCGCAGGAAGAGGUUCCCUACGGACAAGGCCUACUUCAUUGCUAAGGAGCUGCUGACCACUGAGAGGACGUACCUCAAAGACCUGGAGGUUAUUACCAUGUCGUUUCAGAACUCGGUAGGCAAAGAUGAGGCCAUGCCCGAAUCUCUCAGGAACGCCGUCUCUUCCAACUUCGACCCUCUGUACAAGUUCCACACAGGUUUCCUGAAGGAGGUGGAACAGAGGCUGGCUUUGUGGGAGGGGCGCUCCAACGCUCACAUUAAAGGAGACUACCAGCGCAUCGGGGACGUCAUGCUGAAGAACAUCCAGGGCAUAAAGCAGAUGACGGCUCACCUGCAGAAGCACUCGGAGGUGCUGCUGGAGCUGGAGAAGGCGUGCCGGGCGUCCCGCAAGCUGGAGGCCCUGUGCCGCGACUUCGAGCUGCAGAAGGUGUGCUACCUGCCCCUCAACAUCUUCUUCCUGCGGCCGCUGCACCGCCUCAUGCACUACAAGCAGAUCCUGGAGCGCCUGUGCAAGCACUACCCCCCCACGCACGUGGACUUCAGGGACUCCAGAGCUGCCCUGGCAGAUGUAUCUGAGAUGGUGGCCCAGCUCCACUGCCCCAUGAUCAAGAUGGAGAACUUCCAGAAGCUUCUGGAGCUGAAGAAGGACUUGAUCGGCAUUGACAAUCUGGCGAUUCCAGGACGGGAGUUCAUCAGGUUAGGCUGCCUGAGCAAGCUGUCCGGCAAGGGCCUGCAGCAGCGCAUGUUCUUCCUGUUUAACGACAUCCUGCUGUAUACGAGUCGAGGGAUGACGGCUUCCAAUCAGUUCAAAGUUCACGGGCAGCUCCCUCUCUACGGCAUGACAAUCAGAGAGAGCGAGGACGAGUGGGGCGUGCCUCAUUCCUUCACCCUGUCAGGACAGCGGCAGUCUGUGGUGGUGGCAGCAAGCUCUGUAUCAGAGAUGGAGAAGUGGAUGGAGGAUAUCAAGAUGGCCAUUGACCUGGCUGAGAAGUGCAAUGGGACCUCCUCUGACGCCCUGGCUAGCAGCCUCCCUGAGAACAAAUCCUCUGAGGACUCGACUCUGGACCAGGAGUCGGAGGACGACCUGAGCGCCUCGCGCACGUCGCUGGAGAGACAGGCGCCUCACCGUGGUAACACCACGGUGCAUGUGUGCUGGCACAGGAACACCAGCGUAUCCAUGGUGGACUUUAGCAUUGCUGUGGAGAAUCAGCUGUCGGGCAACUUGCUGAGGAAGUUCAAGAACAGUAACGGCUGGCAGAAGCUGUGGGUGGUGUUCACGAACUUCAGCCUGUUCUUCUACAAAACGCACCAGGAUGACUACCCCCUGGCCAGCCUUCCCUUGCUGGGCUACUCCGUCACCAUCCCCUCGGAGUCGGAGAACAUCCACAAAGACUACGUCUUCAAGCUGCAUUUCAAAUCGCACGUCUACUACUUCAGAUCCGAGAGCGAGUACACCUUUGAGAGGUGGAUGGAGGUCAUCCGCAGUGCCACCAGCUCUGCCAGCCGCACCUGCUUCCUGAGCCGAAAAGAGUCCCACCCCUACUGAUCCAAAGAGCCCUGGGGCCUACCGGUCCCGACCAGGCCCCUCCCACCCAACCGUCCCCACCCACCCACUGAAGUUUAAACCCCGCCUCCUCUCCACACCCCUCCCCCAACGCAGCCAUUCUGCGUGGUUGUCAGUCCUGCUCUCUUUGGGUUCAGUCACUUUUAUUUGUUUUUGUUUGUUUUUUUAACACAAAUGGGACACUCCGUCAUACUGUAGACCAGUGUCCAUGCACAAACGCCCGUGCUUUUGAAGCGUUUCAGAGGUCACACAUACGCUGGUAUAAGGAAAAAAAAAGACAGCAGAGACUGCUUUCCUGCAUUUUUACUGAUCUCCGAGUCUUCUUUUGUAGGAUGUCAUUUUAUACAAUUUUUUAAAAACGGUCCUAGACCCACUCUCUUUCAUUCUCGUUGGACAUUUUGUCAUUGGUUGUGUUUCUAAAAUGCAGACCUGUCCAUAGAGGUGGGUCUUAAGUUUUAUUUUCAUUUUUAAAUUUCAGGUUCGCUGCAUAGAUAACUGCUACUUUUUUGCUACUCCAAAACAUGUCUUUUGUUUUUUGUUUUUUUUUUUUGGUUUGUUUUGAAGGACAAUGGCUGCUUUCAGUUCCAACAGCUUGAGUGCCAAACAGAUUUUUACCAAUAUCGCUGUCUUUAUAAUGUGAUUUUAAUAUGUUCGCGAUAUAUAGGUUUCUAAAAAUGAGAUUUAGAGAAUUGAUGUACUUAAAUAAAAAGAUAUAGGCACCUUUAAAAAAAUUAAUUUAACUAUAAGAUGUCCCUGGGAAAUAUAUGACUUGAAUUAAUACUUUCACAGUAACCUUAAGAUAUAUAUUUUGGGUUUUUCAUCAUUAACAUUUUAGGGAUAAUAAUAAGUACAGGUUAAGGUAGUUCCCAUUGCCAGUGCUGGCACUUACACAAAAGUGAAAUUUCACAGAACAGUUCCCAUUGACCACACUAGUUUGGGCACUUGUCAAAGCUGGUGUCCAGUUGCCUACUCUGCCCUAGGUACAAAUGUGACUUUCUUUCAAACCUCAUGUGAGCUUUCACAAAUAUUCAUUCAGAGGAGAUUCCAGCAUGGAUAGAAGCUUUAAAGACAAUGUAGAAGAACCACAAAAAAAAUACAAGGAGACUUUCAGUUCCAUAAAUACCACUGUCCCCCUCAGGCGGCUGAAACUAGCUGACAUACUGUAUGUGAACAGUCUUUAUCUGUUUUUAAAGACCCUGUGCAGUAAUGUUACUUUUUUAUGUUUCGUUUUUGUAUGAGGUGAGGUGGAGUGAUCCUUCUGUCCACCCUCACCCCAGCCUGGUUAAAUAAAGCCACCAAAAGUACAUGAGAAAUAUGACUUGUGUAGGAGGAUUUUUUAAGGGGGAACCCCAGUAAGUCUUACUAUUCACCGUGUAGGUGUUGAUGGACGGGUCUGUCAACACUUGCAAGGGGGGAAAUUGUUCUCAAUGGCCAUGUGGCUCAUGGGUAUAUUGGGUGUUUAUUUAUUUAAUUUUAUUUGUUGCCAGUCACAUCGCAAGCAAUGCGUUUUGUUAUGGCCAAAAUCAAGACAGAGAUUAUAGAGUUUGAAUUCGUUCCUAAUUUUUCACAUGCUUACUUUCGGUAAAAAGACUGUACGAGUCUUUUGUAAAAAAAUUUAAUCUACUACUUUAUUAAUGAAGGCACCGUAACAGGAUCAUUUUGACUGCACAGGGACUUUAAAUGAAAUGCGUCUGGAAGGGUGCGUGGAGAGAGACUUUCUGGAAGUGUGAUAUCUGUCUGGAUAAUCGAAUGCUUUGUGUCCCUCCAACAGCAGAGAGCGUUAUGGAAAUGAAAGCAAUAAA